AUGUCGUCCUCUCCCGCCCCGGUGCUCAAGAAGCCCAUCAACAUCUCGUGUAUCCAGCUUGCCUCGGGCGCCGACAAGGAUGCCAACCUCAAGCACGCCGCCGAAAAGGUUGCCGAGGCCGCCCAGUCGGGCUCCAAGCUCGUGAUCCUGCCCGAGUGCUUCAACUCGCCCUACGGGUGCGACUACUUCCCCAAGUACGCAGAGACGCUGCUCCCGUCGCCGCCGACAAAGGAGCAGUCGCCUUCGUUCCACGCCCUGUCUGCCAUGGCCGCCGAGAACAACGUCUAUCUCGUCGGCGGCUCCGUCCCCGAGCUGAACCCCGAGACCAAGAAAUACUACAACACCAGCCUUACGUUUGGCCCCGACGGCAAGCUGCUGGGCACCCACCGCAAAGUCCACCUGUUCGACAUUGACAUCCCCGGCAAGAUCACCUUCAAGGAAUCCGAGGUUCUCAGCGGUGGCAACAAGCUGACCCUCAUCGACCUGCCCGAGUACGGCACCAUUGCCGUCGCCAUCUGCUACGACGUCCGCUUCCCCGAGCUCGCCACCAUCGCCGCCCGCCGCGGUGCCUUUGCCCUCAUCUAUCCCGGCGCGUUCAACCUUACCACUGGCGCCUUGCACUGGCGCCUGCUGGCUCAGGCUCGUGCUGUCGACAACCAGAUCUACGUCGCCCUGUGCAGCCCUGCCAGAGACAUGAGCGCCAGCUACAACGCCUGGGGGCACAGCUUGAUUGUCAACCCAAUGGCCAAGGUUUUAGUCGAGGCCGAGGAGACGGAGACGAUUGUCCAGGCGGAGCUAGUUGGCGAGGAUAUUGCCGAGGCCCGGAAGAACAUCCCGUUGAACAACCAGAGAAGAUUUGAUGUAUACCCCGAUGUAAAUCAAGGCAAGAUCUCGUUUGACGAGCUGUGA